CCCCUCAACCCCAAACCGCUCACCAAACCUAUCAUCCAAUGGCUUCCCUGCUCCUCCUCAUCGCCGUCCUCCUCACCGCCAUCUCGCCGUCGGAAUUCGCCGCCACGGAAAACUCCUCCGAUUUCAUCCGUCGCAGCUGUGCUGUAACUCUCUACGCCCAACUCUGCUACAACUCCCUGAAACCAUACGAAUCCACCGUCCGGCAGAGCCCGUUAACCCUCGCCAUCGCCGCCGCCAACGUCAGCCUCGCCAAGAUAAAAAAAGCUUCUUUGCAGGCGGCGGAGUUGCGGCGCAGCAGCGUGGGGAGGGUAAGCGCGGCCCUGCGUGACUGUGUUGAAUUGCUGGGGACGGCGGCGGAGUUGACUAAGCAGUCCGCAUCAGAGAUUCAGAAGCUUGGGCCGGCGGCGCAGUCGGGCGGGCCGAGUUUUGCUUGGGAGGCAUCCAACGCUCAGACGUGGAUGAGCGCUGCCCUGACUAAUGAAGAUACCUGCAUCGACGGAUUUAACGACGCCGGCGGCGGCUCCGCCGCGGUGUUGACGGCGUUCCUUACGAAGGUUGGGAGGGUGGAGCAGUAUACAAGUAACGCUCUUGCGCUGCUUAAUGCUCUUGUGGAUGGUUGAUUGAUUCCUCUGUGGGACGUUCUUCUGUGUGGUUAAUGUUAUCCUAGCCGUACAAUUAACUUUGGACGGUUAAUACCGGAUUCCUCAAAAUUUAUUCUCUCUUAUCCCGUCAAAAUGAUCACAAUCAGAACAGUGUUAAAUAUCUUAUACAGAAAUUAUUUUAACUGUUUGCAA